UAUCCUUGGAGGUGUGCAGCCAAUUAAAGAGUUUAAAUCACAAUUGAUUUUCACACGAGGAGAGCACUGGAAGGAAGUUCGCAGUCUCCUCACCCCAACAUUCAGUUCCAGUAAGAUGAGACAAAUGACACCAAUCAUGCAGGAAUGUGUUGGGGUCCUUAUGGAAAAAAUUGCCCAAAAAGCACAAACAGAAGAAGAUUUCGAUAUAUCCGAGAUGUACCAAGGAUUGACAACUGAUGUCAUUGGUCAAACUGCUUUUGGAAUCCAGACAAAUGUCCAGCAGAAUCCAAAAGAUCCUUUUCUAACCAAUUGUAGAGCUUUUUUCAACAUUCAGACUUCCGAGUUUUUCAUCUUUUUAUUACUGUGCUUUCCUGAGUUUUACAACAUCCUUUAUCCAAUUCGAAAACUGGUGGAUGUCAUAUGGCAUCAGAUAUUCUCAACUCCAGGAAGAUCCUUAGUCGAAGGAGUUAUGAAAGUUAUAGAAGAGAGACGAAAAAAUCCAGCGCUUCGAAGAGUUGAUCUUCUUCAGAUGAUGUUGGAUGCUCGAAUGACUAAAGAAGAAAUUCAAAAUGUGACAGCGAAACAACUGACUGUUGGUGAGGAUGAGCCAGCAGAAGGUGCUUACAAUGGCAAAAAAGAAAGUUUCAAAGACGACAAGAAACAGAUGAAAUUUAUCACAGAUGUAGAAAUUAAAGCGAAUUGCUUCCUCUUCCUAUUGGCCGGUUAUGAAACAACAAGUACAGCCCUCGCUUUCACAACCCAUAUACUGGUGAACCGACAAGAUGUCCAGGAAAGGAUUCGAGAAGAAAUAAACGAUGUCUUAGGACACGAUGGUGACUUAGAUUACAACACAGUAAAUAACCUUCGAUAUUUAGACCAAGUUUUCUCGGAAUCUCUGCGAAUGUACCCGCCAGUUGUCACGUUCAUUACCAGAGCUGCUUGUGAGGAUUACCAGCUAGGUGAUUUUAAAAUUCCCAAGGGCACUGCCAUACAGGUCCCUGUUUGGCAACUCCAUCACGAUCCAAAGAUCUGGCCUGAGCCAUACGAGUUUAAGCCUGAGAGAUUUCUCCCCGAAAAUAAGAAGGAUAUCCACCCCAUGGCCUACCAACCGUUUGGAUCUGGACCACGAAAUUGUGGAGAUAUCCAAUAUAAAGUCAAGCUCAUAACCAUUGGUCCUGUAAAUGGCGUUCAUGUAAAAGUAGUUCCUGUCUAGUGGUGGCCU